GAGACGGUAAUGUUCAGACUCCACCAAUCCAACAGCCAACUUGUUGUAGUCAUGAGUUCAGUAAUACAUUAUCACUACAUCAUGAAUUGCCGUCAUUAUUCUGAAAACUCAGAAAUUAUGUGCCGUACAUGUAUAGAGAAAAGAAGGACUGCUUGACCUCAUGAGUUCUGAAAAGAUUCAUAAACCAAGUACACACCCAUUCCUAAGCUGUAAAUUAGCAUAUUUA